AUGAAACAGAUUCAAGCUGAUGACUUAUGUUAUUAUCGUAAUCAAUCAGCAAUUAAUUCGAUCUCUUGUAAAGGUUCUUGUUGUUCGGGUACGGCUACUUCUCCACAAACGGCAUGUUGCUAUAGUAUUUCAUGGAGAUCAACAGUACCUAUUGUUAUUGUUGUUAGUCUUUGCGUGAUUGCAGUUUGCUUGCUGUGUUUACGACCAUUUUUGAAACUUUGUGGUGUUGGAUGUAAAUGUCCUUUUCAUAGACAAUCUCGAGGAUUAAAUCCUACAUCAGUCAAUAAUAAUCCUGUUUAUAUGAUGAAUAAUGGAGAUUUACCAGAUUAUGAAACGAUAAGCAAAGAUUCACUAGCCAAAGAUACAACACCACCACCUUAUAAUUUUGUUGCUGCACAUCCUACUGAUUUUGGUAUUGAAACAGUUAUUCCAAGUGCACCACCACAAUAUCGCUCAAGAUCUAAUACAGAAGCUACAAUAGAACCUAACGCACCUGUUUGA